AUGUGCCCCCGCCCCGACACCAUCAGCAUAUACCUCCGCCCCGACACCAUCAGCAUGUAUCCCCGCCUCGACACCAUCAACAUGUGUCCCCGCCUCGACACCAUCAACAUGUGCCCCCGCCCCGACACCAUCAGCAUGUCACUGCCCCCUCCCCGACACCACCAGCAACAACGGUCCCGCCCUGACACCAUCAGCAUGUGCCUCCGCCCCGACACCAUCAGCAUGUGGCCCCACUCUGACACCAUCAGCAUGUGCCCCCUCCCCGACACCAUCAGCAUGUGCCCCCUCCCCGACACCAUCAGCAUGUGCCUCACGUCCAGUAACGGUCCCGCCCGACACCAUCAGCAUGUACCGCACGUCCAGUAA